AUCCCUUGCGUCCAUCCCGCCGCCGCAUGCCCAUGCCUUGCACUCUCUCGAGACUUCGCGGUUACGACAAGUCAGGUUCACCAGAAUCCAUGGUUGAGCCCGCUGCGAGCCGAGCAUCAUCCGCCGCAGAGCGUCUUGUCUGUACCUCUGCCAAGUGCUAAGCAUAGCCACAAGACUUUACUCGGGCUGGGCAAACCUGUCCUCGUGAACGGAGUGAUCCUGAAGGCGUACUAUCAACGACCUCCUUCCCUUCGUGGAGUGAUAGCCGUCUUGGCCCUGAGGUUGAAAGUGGCAAGUCAUACUACGGUAGCAUGCAGAAAUCCUCUGGCUGUAUGAGCGCGCGCGAGGGCUUUUCCAUACAACGGACACUAGCCAACCAUUUGGGAAUGUUGCGAUAAGGGUCGCGUGCCAACCGCGUGCUUUGUGGAAAUCCCGGUUGCGGAUCUCACCCUUUAGCAACCGGAUCUGUUCACGCUGCGGCUGAUGCGAUCUAUAUGAACAAUGUCGUGCGCGCCAUGAAAUACCUGCUUUUUCUCUCCUUCAGCGGCAUUUGGUGCUUCAGCUCGCAGUAGUGACUACAGCCCCUGUACGUCCAACGGCCCCGUGGCGACCAUUAAAGCUACCGACAUCGUAUCUCGACCUUCCUUUUGGUCAGCUCAUCAGGCCGAACCUCAGCAACCAUGAGCGCUCCCCUAGAUCAAGAUCUGUAUGUGAUGGCUGAGGCUCGCCGGCCUAGCGUCAUCUCCGAAUCCAAGCAAAAGGCAGCCCUCUAUGGAGCCAAAGAGUGCGACACCGCCUCGGCCUCGGAGGUGGGCCGCACGACUGCCGAUGGCGAGGAGCCAACCAUGGAGGAGAUGAAGACACUGCGCCGUGUCAGUGGCAAGAUUCCAUGGACUGCGUGGACCAUCACGUUUGUCGAGUUCUGCGAACGUUUCUCGUACUAUGGCACAACUGCCGUGUUCGUCAACUUCAUCCAGCAACCGCGCCCAUUUGGAUCCAGGACGGGAGCUGUCGUCGAGAAUGACAGUUGCUACCUCGCGCCAGGGUGGAGCGUGGACGACUGCAAGCAAGCGGGAGCUCUGGGACAAGAUCAACGAGCCGCCACUGGAUUGACCACCUUCAACCAAUUCUGGGCCUACACUAUGCCUCUGCUCGGUGGGUACGUCGCAGAUACAUAUCUUGGUCGCUACAUGACGAUUCAGUACUCCAUCGUGGCAGCCAUCAUUGGGCACAUCAUCCUCAUCGUUUCGUCGAUCCCCGCUGUUAUGGACAACCCACAAUCCGCCCUCGGUUGCUUUGCUGUCGGUCUUGUCAUCAUGGGCAUAGGAACUGGUGGUUUCAAGAGUAACAUCUCGCCCUUGCUCGCCGAGCAGAUUCCCCAGACUCGCCCGCUCGUGAAGACGCUUCCAUCUGGUGAGCGCGUCAUUGUCGACCCACAGGUCACCUACUCUCGAGUCUUCCUGUACUUCUACAUGAUGAUCAACGCAGGCUCGCUCGUUGGCGGCAUUGGCAUGGUCUACGCCGAGAAAUACGUGGGAUUCUGGCUAUCUUAUGCUCUGCCCACGUUCAUGUUCUUCUUCGCGCCGAUCGUGCUCAUUCUCUGCAAGAAGCACUACAAACUGACACCUCCCACGGAAUCCGUGCUCUCCAAGUCGUUCAAGGCUCUGAGCCUUGCGAGCAAAGGAUGCUGGUCUGCCAACCCCGUUCAGACCUACAAGAACUUCCAGCGUGAUGACUUUUGGGACAAGAUCAAACCUAGCCACCUUGGCGCCAGCGCGCCAGCUUGGCUUCGAGGUGUGGACGACGUCUGGAUUGACCAAGUCGCUCGUGGUUUCGGCGCUUGCAAGGUCUUUUUCUGGCUGCCACUGUACUGGCUCGCCUACAACCAGAUGGUGAACAACUUGACCUCCCAAUCAGCUACCAUGCAGCUUGGUGGUGUUCCCAAUGAUCUUAUCAACAAUUUGAACCCCUUGACAUUGGUCAUCUUCAUCCCCAUCUUCGACUACUUCGUGUACCCAACUAUCCGCAAGGCCGGCCUCCAUUUCACUCCUCUCAAGCGUAUCACAUGGGGUUUCUUCGUGGCCUCGGCAGCUAUGGUCAGCUCUGCUGUGCUACAGUACUACAUCUACAAGCUAUCUCCUUGCGAUGACAGCGACGUGAACAGUGGAGGCGCCGAGUGCAAGGCACCAAUCAACGUCUGGGUACAAGCUGUGCCAUACUGCUUGAUUGCUUUCUCCGAGAUCUUUGCCUCCGUUACUGGCUUGGAGUAUGCAUUUUCCAAGGCUCCCGAGAACAUGCGAGGUCUGGUCAUGGGUGUCAAUCUGCUCCAGAACGCAUUCUCUGCCGCUAUUGGCCAGGCACUUGUCAGUCUGUCCGAUGACCCACUUCUCAUCUGGAACUACACUGUUGUGGCGAUCCUGGCCUUUAUCGGUGGUAUUGGAUUCUGGAUGACCUGGCGCAGCCUCGACGCUCGGGAAGAUGAGCUGAACAUGAUUGAGGAGACCAAGUACAAGGGUCGCGGCCACAGACUACCUGAUGAAGAGGUGGAGGAAUGGAGCGAGAAGCAACAAGGUGAGGUUAGCAAAGCCUCGUCUUCCUGAUCCCAGCGUCUAAAAUGAGCAGAAAAUUAGCGCUCAAAAGAUCUGAUAUACAAUAGAGAAGAUGAUACCCACCUGAUGAUCCGCUUCACUACCUCCAAAAAGCAAUAUAGAUCCUACUGAAGCUCGUCUUUUCGCUACCUGACAAUCGUACAAGCCCAUCUCAAUCACUUUACCUGCAGAAAGAAAAGAGAUUGAUUGCUGCUGCUGUGUUUCGGAACAACUGGUUUUGAUGAACAAGCACAACAUAUCUAACCCCUGCACAUUCGUCUCACGUCAGUUUUCUUUCUCAACCGCAACCAACUCCCGACAAUUGAGACAUUCAGGCCCCCGACGAAAAAACGUGCCUCGACGAAAAAACAAAAUCAAUCUUGGGUACAUAACAUGUAGUGUUUGCUCAUGUUCAUUCCCGCAUUGAGGCUAACUAAAACGCACAUUUUUUCUCCAAUCUUUUCAAUCAAUAAUGGCAGAAAAUAAAUUGUUUGAAAUUCUUGCCAAAUUCACAAAACGUGAAGAUGGUGUUGAUCAUGCAGCACGAUCUAUGAGUUUGAAUAUUAUGGUCGUAUCUCUCGCAGCAGCAUGUGCCGGAGGAGAAGUGGUAAAACUCUACCGUCACGUCUGCGAAGGCCUACCCCUCGAUGAGCAAAAACUCGUGCAACGUCGGAUUAAAGAAGCUCUCAUUAAGACGGGACAUCUCUAUGGGACGCCCAAAGUGAUUCAAGCACUGUUUCCGCUGUUUCAGGAUUUGAAGGAUGAGGAGAUUGAUCAGUAUGGGCCGAGAUACUCCUCCAUCAACUCCUCC